AUGGCCCGGGAUAUCAAGCUAUUUGACCUGGCAGGCAUGCAGGAGGUUGUAGGAGGUUGUAGAUGUCUGCCGCACUGGAGGGUGCAACACUCUGCGACAGUCACCGACCGUAUAGAAGGGGCUCGGCUCCACGGGCGCCAGGAUCAAGACAAAGAAAGACAGGCACUGUGGCACACUGGGCGCCAAAAUGCCCUUAGUUUAGUCUUGCUGCAUCUUGAUGAGUCAAAGCAUGCCAAAGCUUGCACUGAGAAGGUUCAGCUGAAGCAAGCGGAGGCGGCCGAGAAUGGUUCCUCGGAUGGCCGCAAGGAGCUGCAAAGACAUCGGCAAACUCUGCAGACUGUGACAGAUGAGAGGAACCGGCUGGCCAAUCGAUUGGAGAGCACGCUCAAUGUGCUCGAGAAGGAGAAAGCGUACCACGAGCAAUCUGUGGAGCGGGUAACUUCCGCAAACUCCAAGUUGAUGGAAGAAAAAGAUCGGAUCGCAAGAGAAGUGGAGCGACUUUCCAACUUGUACACAGAAUCUGUGAACCAGUUGCAAGCUGGCCAAGAGACGCAUGGGAACGUCUUUAGGUCCGAUUCUGAAGCAAAUUCAGUGGAUCCAGUCUUCCAGCCAUGUGAAACGCAGAGCUGGCCCACUUGA